AUGUUCGGUGCGAUUAAUAGUGAAACUCCUCCAUAUGAUGUCAUUGCCAAGAAAGAUGGUUAUGAAAUUCGUCGAUAUUCGAAACAAUUAAUGGCACAAAAAACAAAAAUUUCAACGGCAGCUCCAGUUAUAAUGCAAGAAACUGAAUCUGAAUCUGAUAGUUUUGUGAAACGUACAAUGUCAUUCACAGUGGCACCGUCGAAAUUUAAAUCAUUAGAUCAACCUCCAACACCUAACGAUAAAACGAUUGAAACUGUCUAA